AUGGUCAAACCAACAUAUCAAUCUAUUGAGGACAUUGGAGAAGAUCAACGUAACUUCUAUCACAAUAACAAUAAUGUCCGACGAUUAUUACGUUUGAAACCUUCAAUGAAAAAAGUUGUCUUUUUGUUACUUACAUUAUGUCUAAUCGUUAGUUAUCUGUUAUCUUUUAUACCAAUUUUUGAAGUUCAAGAAGUGAUCAAUAAUAAUAAUAUUAAUAAUAACAGUAAUGAAGGUCUUGUCACAGCAGAACACGGUGCCGUAGCUUCUGAAUUGGUGAAUUGUUCGAAUAUAGGUGUCGAAGUAUUAAAAGAAGGUGGCUCGGCAGUUGACGCAGUUAUUUCAACUCAAUUAUGUGUAGGCACCAUUAAUGCAUUUUCUGCCGGAAUCGGAGGAGGUGGUAUAAUGAUGAUUCGAUUAUCAAAUGGUAAUUCGGAAAUGAUAGACAGUCGAGAAUCCGCACCUUCCGGAGCAAGACAAAAUAUGUAUCAAAAGAAUGAAACUUUGGCUGCGAUCGGUGGGUUAGCUGUAGGUGUACCAGGUGAAAUUCGAGGAAUGAAACUUGCACAUGAAAGAUAUGGAAAAUUACCAUGGAAACGAUUAUUCGAACCAUCAAUAAAAUUAAGUAGAGAAGGAUUUCACAUGUUUAAACCAUUAAUGGAAACCGAUCCCGUUUUUAGUGCAACAUAUGCACCCAAUGGAAGAAUUCUUGAAGAAGGAGAAAUGAUGUAUAGAUUAAAUCUUUCAAAAUCUUUGGAAAUUAUUGCAAAUAAUUAUACUGAAUUUUAUGAGGGAUCAAUUGCUAAAUCGUUAAUACAAGCCAUAAAUUCACGAGGAGGUAUCAUGACUUCUAAAGAUUUUUCAAAUUAUCGACCUAUAAUUCGUGAACCUCUUAUUGGAUAUUAUCAUGGAAGAAAGAUUAUAACGACACCAGAACCGACAAGUGGACCUGCAUUAUUAUUAAUGUUAAAUUUAUUGGAAGAAUUUAAUAUGUCGAAAACUGGAUUCAAUAGCCUUAAUUUGCAAAGACGGAAUAUAUCGGAUUAUCAAACAUUUGAACCAGAGUAUUAUCAACCUGUUUUCGAUUAUACUGCGGAUCAUGGUACUACUCAUAUGUCAGCGGUAGAUGUAUCUGGAAUGGCAGUUGCUUUUACUUCCACGAUUAAUCAAAUUUGGGGAUCACAAGUAAUGGAUCCGGUUACUGGAAUUAUUUUAAAUAAUGAAAUGGAUGAUUUCUCGAUACCUGGUAAACCUAAUACAUUUGGAUUAUGGCCUUCACCUUAUAAUUUUGUUGCACCAAAUAAACGUCCAUUAUCAUCAAUGGUACCGACAAUAGUAGAAAGAAAUGGAGAAUUUGAAUUAGCACUUGGUGGUAGUGGAGGUGCAAGAAUUCUUACUGCAGUAUUACAAGUUUUGUUAAAUGUAUUUGAUUUUGAUAUGAAUAUUUUACAAGCCAUUGAUGCUCCUAGAGCCCAUCACCAAUUAUUACCCAAUAUAUAUAAUGUGUAA